UUUGGCUAAUCGAAGAUCAAGAAAUCGAUCCACCUUUUUGUGGCAAUGGCGAGUGAUGAAUUCAGGCUUGUAUCGCCAGCAAUAGACAACCAAGGGAGGCUACCAAGGCAUUUCACAAUGGAAGGUCAAGGAGCAAAAAAAAACAUAUCUCCACCACUAGAGUGGUACAAUCUGCCAGAGGGGACCAAGAGCCUGGCCGUGGUGGUUCAGGACAUUGACGCACCUGACCCAAGUGGUCCGAUCGUGCCAUGGACCCAUUGGGUGGUGGUUAACAUACCACCUACCUUGAAGCGACUCCCUGAGGGGUUUUCCGGUAAAGAAGAAGAGGUGGGUGGUGAUUAUGCUGGGAUCAAGGAGGGCAAUAAUGAUUGGAAGGUCCCCGGGUGGCGCGGACCCAAGCUGCCAUCGCAUGGACACCGGUUCGAGUUCAAGCUCUAUGCUCUGGAUGAUGAAUUGCACCUUGGCAACAAGGUGACAAAGGAGAAGCUGUUGGAGGCAAUUGAAGGUCAUGUGCUGGGGGAAGCGGUCUUAAUGGCCUACUUUUAAAACCUUUGGCUUGUUUAGCGACUUUAGUCCUCUCAAGUGUGACGUCUGUGAAGAACGUUCAACUUUUUUAUUCUCCUAAUUAACAUAAAUAGUGAUGGUUCUUGUAUUUUUGGCUCUUCACUUGACUUCUUCGUAAGUGAG